AUGCCUCCUCCUCACACAGGAUUUGAGUUGUCUUCUAAAAUCUUUACGCUUUUGACUGAGUGGAAAACUGAUAAAAAGAUUUUUUUCAUUACUUUGGAUAAUGCUUCUUCUAAUGAUACUUGUGUUGAACACUUGAAAAGUACUUUGGAUGUGCAUGGUUCAUUGUUGUGUGGUGGUGAAUUCUUUCAUGUUCGUUGCUCUGCUCAUAUUUUAAAUCUUAUUGUCCAAGAUGGAAUGAAAAUAUGUGGUGAUGCAGUGUGUAAGAUUAGAGAGGGUAUUAAGUUUCUGAGAAAAUCUGAAAGUCGAAUGGUUAAGUUUAAAGAAUGUUUUGAAGAUAUUGAGGGACUUGAGUAUACGACUGCAUUAUGUUUAGAUGUUCCUAUUAGGUGGAAUUCACUUUAUGCAAUGCUUGCAAGUGCUAUUCCUUAUAAGAAAGCUUUUGAAAUGUAUAAAGUAAAAGAAGCUGGGUUUAGGGAGUUUUGUCCUUCAUCAGAUGAGUGGAGAAAAACUGAAAAGAUAUGUGAUUUCUUGUUACCAUUUUAUGAAACUACCAAGUUGAUGUCUGAAACUUCUUACCCAACAUCCAACUUGUAUUUUUUACAAGUUUGGCAAAUCCAUCUUAUUUUAAUGAAUAGUUUGAAGAAUGAUGAAGUGCUUAUAAGGAACAUGGGAGAAAAAAUGAUGAUUAAGUUCAAUAAAUAUUGGGAAGAAUACAGUGUUGUUCUUGCAUUUGGGGCAGUUCUUGAUCCUAGAUUUAAACUCAACACUUUGGUUCAUUGCUAUAAUGAGAUUGAUCCUAUUAGUGCUAAAGACAAAGUGGAGCUUGUGAAGAGUAAGUUAUACAAGCUUUUUGAGGUUUAUGAUCAAAAUUCCUCUACAACUGUAGAGAGUUCUUCCCAACUUUCAAGUAAUUUUUCUCAAGCAACAUCUUCUGCAAUUGGAAAUCAGCUUAUUAAAAUUGUUGGUGAUUUGAUGUCCCGUAAUCAAGAAGCUGAAGUGAAAAGUGGAAAGAACCAACUGGAUAUUUAUUUGAGUGAGAUAAUGUUGAAGCGGUGA